AUGCCUCUCAAACUACAACCCACUCUCCUAUUAAGUCUGGCGGCGGCUGUGUAUGCUCAAGAACAAACUCUCUGUGACCAGUUCGCGGUCUACGCCAGUGAUCAAUACAUUGUCAAUAACAACUUAUGGGGUGAGAGCGAGGGCAGUGGCUCUCAAUGCACCUAUGUGGAUUCCAUGUCAGCCUCUGGAGUGACAUGGUCGACCACCUGGGACUGGUCUGGCGGCGAUGGCGAGGUAAAGAGUUAUGCCUACUCGGGGUUGAACAGCUUUAAUAAGCUGUAUGUGAGCGACCUGAGCAGCAUUCCGACUUCAGUUGACUGGAGCUACGAUAAUACCAACAUCGAUGCGGAUGUUUCGUAUGAUCUUUUCACGGCCGCAGACAUCAACCAUUCCACAUCCAGUGGUGACUAUGAGCUUAUGAUCUGGUUGGCGAAUUACGGUGGCGCUCAGCCUCUUGGUUCCCAAAUUUCAACCGCCACUGUCGGAGAUACAACCUGGGCGCUCUGGUACGGCUCAAAUGGAUCACAGCAGACAUACAGCUUCGUUUCAUCCAGCCCGCAGACUUCGUGGACCGGCGAUAUUUUGGAAUUCUUCGACUAUUUAAGCGAAAACCAGGGCUUCCCGGCUAGUAGCCAAUACUUAAUCACCGUACAAUUUGGUACUGAGCCAUUUACGGGAGGAGAGACGACAUUAACUGUUAACAACUGGACCGCGGCAGUUAAUUAA